AUGAAAGCUUUGGUAGAAGACUUGGAACUUAAAACUGAAAAAAUCAAAUUGGGUGGUGGUGAAGCUGCACGCAAACGUCAUUUAUCAAGAAAUAAAAUGCUUCCAAGAGACAGAAUCAAUCGCUUGUUGGAUCCCAAUUCUCCUUUCCUUGAAUUGUCACAAAUGGCAGGUUACGAACUAUAUGAUGAUGAAGUACCUGCUGGAGGUGUCAUCACUGGUAUUGGUCGAGUUAGUGGUGUGGAAUGCAUGGUUGUCGCCAAUGAUCCUACUGUGAAAGGUGGCUCUUACUAUCCUAUUACUGUGAAAAAACAUCUACGCGCUCAAGAAAUUGCAAAGGACAACAAUUUACCUUGUAUUUAUUUAGUUGAUUCUGGUGGUGCAAAUCUUCCUCGUCAAGCUGAUGUUUUCCCUGAUCGUGAACAUUUUGGUCGUAUCUUUUACAAUCAGGCCAAUAUGUCUGCCAAAGGUAUACCACAAAUUGCUGCAGUGAUGGGCUCUUGUACUGCUGGUGGUGCUUAUGUUCCUGCUAUGUCUGAUGAAAGUAUUAUCGUUAAGAAACAAGGAACUAUCUUUUUGGCUGGUCCUCCUUUAGUCAAGGCUGCUAUUGGUGAAGAUAUUAGUGCUGAAGAUCUCGGUGGUGCUGAUUUGCAUUGUCGUACUUCUGGUGUAACCGAUCAUUAUGCUGUAGAUGAUGAACAUGCUCUUGUACUCGCUCGUCGUGUGGUUGCUAAUUUGAACAGAACUAAGGCUCCUCAGUUGGCAAUGCGUACCCCUGAAGAACCUUUAUACUCAGCUACAGAAAUUGGAGGUAUUGUUGGUGAUAACUUACGAAAAUCUUUCGAUAGCAAGAAUAUCAUUGCAAGAAUUGUAGAUGGAAGUCGCUUCUCUGAAUUCAAGGAACAUUAUGGUACAACUUUAGUCACUGGGUUUGCUCAUAUUCAUGGUCAUCCUGUUGGUAUUGUGGCGAACAAUGGUAUUCUUUUCUCUGAAUCAGCUUUGAAGGGUGCUCACUUUAUUGAAUUAUGCUCUCAACGAGGUAUUCCUUUGGUCUUUUUACAAAAUAUCACUGGUUUUAUGGUGGGUUCAUCUGCUGAAGCUGGUGGUAUUGCAAAGAAUGGUGCCAAACUUGUCAAUGCUGUAUCUUGUGCUCAAGUGCCAAAGUUCACAAUCAUUACUGGAGGUAGUUUUGGUGCUGGUAAUUAUGGUAUGUGUGGCCGUGCUUACUCCCCUAGAUUCCUUUGGAUGUAUCCUAAUGCUCGUAUCUCGGUAAUGGGUGGUGAACAAAGUGCAAAUGUUUUGGCUCAAAUUACCAGGGAAAGCAAGGCAAAGAAGGGAUUAUCUUGGUCCAAGGAAGAAGAAGAAGAAUUUAUGGCUCCAAUCCGAGAAAAAUAUGAACGUGAAGGUCAUCCUUAUUUCUCUAGUGCGCGUUUGUGGGAUGAUGGUGUCAUCAAUCCUAGUGAUACUCGUAAUGUACUUGGUCUGGCGUUGAGCGCUAGCAUGAACGCUCCUAUUGAAAAAACAAACUUUGGUGUUUUCAGAAUGUAG